GCCUUCUUCAUCAACGGACACUCGUUAAAAUGUUUGUUUGCUCUCGGAACCGAUAAAAGGCGGAGGCGCGGCCGUUCGGACGGACAAUGGCGGCGCGCGCGUGACAAGUUCUGCGGAGUGGAAGAUGCAGAGCUCGAGCUUUCGUGUGGAUGAUUUCCUCGCGGGAUGGAUCGGCGGAGCCUCCAGCGUGGUGGUGGGACAUCCGCUGGACACCGUCAAGACCCGACUUCAGGCGGGAAACGGCUACAGGAACACUCUCCACUGCAUCCUGACCAUCUACAGGAAGGAAACGGCGGCGGGGUUCUUUAAAGGCAUGUCGUUCCCGCUGGCCAGCAUCACCGUCUACAACUCGGUGGUCUUCGGCUUCUUCAGCAACGCGCAGAGGUUCAUCAGCACCUACCGCUACGGCGACGGGCGCCACCCCUGCAGCCUGCUGGACCUGACGGCGGCCAGCAUGCUGACUGGGCUGGUGUCGGUGGGCCUGGGGGCGCCGGUGGACCUGGUCAAGAUCCGGCUGCAGAUGCAGACGCAGACGGUUCUGGCAGAGAACCUGAACUUUGCCGGGAACAUGCCGAACGGCUCCAACAUCCCCCUGAACUCCGUCUCCAUCUCCAGCCAGCAGCUGUACCGGGGGCCGGUCCACUGCGUCAGCAGCAUCCUGCAGACCCAGGGCCUCCCGGGCCUGUACCGGGGCGCCGGCGCCAUGGUUCUGAGGGACGUGCCGGGCUACGCGCUCUACUUCAUCCCCUACUCCGUCUUCUGUCAGCUGCUGACGCCGGAAACCUCGACGGCUCCUCAUCCCUGCUCCAUCUGGCUGGCUGGAGGCUUGGCAGGGUCCAUCUCCUGGGUCACGGCGACGCCGGCCGACGUGGUGAAGAGUCGGAUGCAGGCCGACGCCCAGCUGCACAGGAAGUACCGCGGCCUCCUGCACUGCAUCCUGGACUGCUACAGGAGCGAGGGCGUUCAGGUCUUCUUCAGAGGAGCGUCCGUCAACGCCAUCCGCGGCUUUCCCAUGAGCUCCACCAUGUUCCUGACCUACGAACUCUCCCUGCAGUUCUUCAGGAGCUUUUAGGAAGUGAAGGACGGCGGCGGGAAGAGCAUCGUUACCGUGACAACAGAGGGGGAGGGGGGUCACACGAAGGAAACUUUUUUAAAGACCUGUUUUUAGCAUUUUAGGGAUUCUGUUCAGAGAUUUUAACUGUGCAGAGAAUCUGGACCCCAAAAGUCUGUGAGGACGGUCAGAACCGAGCAGAAGUUUGGACUGAGAGUCGCUGUGACCGGUUUACAGCACAGACCAGAACCACUGACCGGAUCUGAGAACUGGAGCAAGUUUGACAGUAUCCAACCACAUGAAGUCAGUUCAGACGCCAUUUAUGCACGAGACGGACGCCGCCAUGUUGGCUCCAGCUGUCAUCGGUUAGCAGUGAUUGGUCCAAAUUGGUCUGAGUUUCUAUGGAAACCACUCUCACCAAUCAGUCUGUUGGAAGGCCACACCCCGCCACUUGAAAGCAGACAACAAAAUCUGAUCAACGCAGGGACAAGCAGGCUCCGCCUACUUUUUUAAAGGCAUCUGAUUGGUCGGUUUGUAACUUUACAGAUAAAGAAGAUUAUAAAGAAGAUGUUCAAUAUUCUGACCAAUAGAAUGACUGAGUAACAGCCACUUACUUCCUGUUUGGAACGCCAGGAGGGCGGGGUCUCUCUGUCCAGUGCUCAGAUACAGUCAGUGGUUAAGCCUCGGUCAGAGGGGGGGGUAAAGGGAAGUUUUCUCUGAUGGCUUCAGAAGGUAAAACGGUGAGAAGGAAUCUAUGCUUUGAUAUGCACUUUGAUAGAGUAUAAACCGUAUAUUCAGUGAUGUUUUAUCGCCUUGUUAGGAUGAAGGAAGUCGGAUUGAAGCGUUCCAGUAUUAUCAUGACGAAGUGAUGUUUCUGAAGAGUCGAUGCAGACUCACCAAAGAACUUUGUGAACUUCUGUCGUCAAGAACGGGAUUUUCAGGAAAAUCUCAUCUCAUUCAGAUCGGUGACAUUUAACCACAGCUGCACUUUUUUAACUCAACUGCUGAAAAGGGAGGAUCUCUGGAAGACGUGACCUUCACAACCCAACAUGAAGCUUCUCUUUUGACUGAGUUUAUCUGACGUUUAUGUUUUAUCUUUCUGCUUUUGUACUUACUGAGAUGAUUCAUUGAAGCUAAAAUGACACAUUUAUCCAUUCUGACAUGUUUCUUAUAUUAAGAAGAGUUCUGUUCAUGUUCUUAGUUUUUACCAGAACUUAACACGAUGAAGCACCACUUUAAAAAAAGGGAACUAUUUGAAAUAGUUUGUAAAUAUUUGUAAAUAAUGAUUGUUGUCUGACGCCGAAGAGCCACAAGUGUCUUAUUGCACCCCAAUAAAGUUUUAGAAGAAUC